GAUAGAGGUCGCUCUUUUCGAUGUUGAUGGGUCGUCCUUCGAUAUGACCCUGUGUAUCCCGAGCAGGGCAUUUUUCGUUCCUGUAGACUGCGGCAAAAACUUCCAAUAGGUAGACCAGAAGGGCAACCAAAAGUGGUCCGCUUGCUCGCCACAAUCGCAGAUCGCGUUGCAGUGUUUUAGUUUUUUGAAAGAAAUAAACAACUAACACCUUGUCAGAAGCGACGAACCGCACCUUUCAGUUUUUAUUUGAAAUUACUCUGGAACAAAGAAAAGGUAAAGGGCGGAACCAAGGGAAAACAUAAAACAAGUCUGAGUAAACCAAUCGAUCCCAUGUCGCGGUCUGAGUCCGCGCAAGCGCAGCUGCUGAUUCAGAAAUGCGCAGGCGGCAACUUUUUUCCAAGUAGGGUAUGGUGGAAGGGGCCCGGGGAUCUUCAAAGACCAACAGCCGAGCCGGACGAGUAAGUGCAUUUGCUUUUUGCAAAAUAUUAAAGAGUUGCAAGCCCAACAAGCGCAAGCCAGUGUCGGCGUGUCUGUACAACGAGUACAUCAAGAACGCCAGCGCGCAUUAGUUGCAUGUCCUCCUCGGGGAAAAAAAGCAAACACAAGCAGGCACAAAGUAAAUGAAUGUAGUGAAAAUCAAAAUAAAUUAUCAGGUACGACAUCAAUAGAAGAGUGGACGCAGCAGCAUGGAGAGACAAAGGCAGAGGCUUGCUCUUUGGGCCGGAUCAGAAAACAAGGACAAAUCCGUAUUGCUAAGUGCUUUUUGUAACUUUCAAAAAAUGCAAAAGUGAUGCAUGAUAAUUUUAUUGUGCGAGAGCAAGUAGACAGCAUUAUUUAAGUAUACUGUCGCUUGAAAGUUGACCAAACUUCAUCGAGGUACCCCAUUUGGAGUCACACAAUCGUAAAAAAGCAGCCAAGACUAAACGCAGGAAAGGCACCACCACAUGAGAAGGUAUGUGGGAUUAAUUGCGUGCGUUGCCUUUUCUUUCAUGGUCUUUCUUGAUGAAUGUCCUCUUGUGGACGAAAAAUUUAUUCAGACUUUGUCCCCGAUUCGACAUACACGAAAAAAUCAAAACCGAAUUAUCCCAGACCCAACCGGACCACUAUGACGUGCGACACAAAGACACCAUGCUGAACAAGGCAAAGUCGGCCCGGGCCUUUCCAAGGCAAAAUCACGUCCAGGAUCUGAAGCGGUACGUGAAGUCACAGACGGUAAACCGUGCAUUUAACCGAGACUUUACCCGGUCCGGGAGCUGCCUCGCGUUCUAG